AUGCUCGGAGGGAGCUUAGAGCGAGAUUCUUCACCAUUAAACUCAAAACCGACCACUGGAGAAGCGCUCAUGCCUAUCGCGACGAGUCCCCCCGACUCCAAUCCUGAACCGCCGCCUCAGGACCAGCCCGCCACCACCGAUGCGUCGCCUCCGUCCAACCAUGUAGAGCCCGUCAAUGCGGCUCAAGAGUCCGUCGCACCAGCCCAGGGUUCGGUAGAGGACUCUGCAACCACGUCUACUGACGCACCGAAGAAACAUCAUUUGCUGUUGCCCAUCCCGUCGCGUGCAUCCUUAAAAGCGGAUCGACAAUCUACGCUGGACAAGAGUCAAGACACCGCUCACGAUGACUCCGAAAAUACUCUUCGCGGUUCGAAAAGAAGCAUAUUCAAGGGUCGUAGGGACCGGAGCAGAGGUAGCAGUAUGAGGUCCCGUCGGCAAAACCAGGAGGGGGCGAGUAUGGAGGAAGAUAAGUCGGCAAGCCCUGACUUGCGUGAUCCGGCCAAGCCAGAGAGGAGAAGCAAGGUCUCGUAUAGGUUGUUCGCUUUCUUGAGCUGCUGUUCCUCGCCCAGCGAUGAUUCGGAGGACCCUGCCAUCCCAGCGAAGAGGACAUCCAGACAGCCAUCGGUUCCCCACACCCAGGCCACUCCGGAGAAGGCUGACACCAAUGCUGGUGAUUCGAGCACCGCGGAAUCCAAAGACCCCAGCUACUACCGGGAUGAGAAACCCAACAUGACUGUGACGUCGAACCAGUCCAUGUCUCAAGUGGACGAAGAGCGCACUGUGACUACUUCCGAGCAGGGCGCUCAGCUCGAUGGUGCAACGGUACUUUCGGGUGCGGCAGAGACAGAGAAAGUACCGACUUUGCCACAGGACAGUGCUGAAUCACAGGGGUUUGGUGUAGGCCAGAGUACCCAACCUUCCACUACGACCGCCGAAGCAAGCGCUGUUGCUAGCGAAGUGGAGGAACCCGCUCAGAAAACAGAGGAGCAAGCGAUCUCGCCCCUCACUGAAAAGUCUCAGGAUGCUCCGACAGCUCCUAUAGAGCUGAAUGAAUUGCCUAAGCCCCCGGCGUCCGAAAAUAGCUAUGACGACGAGAAGUAUACUUCACACGACGAGGAGGCGACAGUAAUUCCAGCUGAAUUGCCUCCGCCGACGGGCCCAUCUGGACACCACGCCGAUACAAUGCUAGAGGAGACGCAACAGCAAUUCCUCUUGCCGCCACCUCUUCCCCAUCUGCGGGACAGGAAAUGCUUGGUUCUUGAUUUGGACGAGACAUUGGUUCACAGUAGUUUCAAGGUUCUUGAACGCGCGGAUUUUACCAUUCCCGUGGAGAUUGAAGGUCAAUAUCACAACAUCUACGUUAUAAAAAGACCUGGAGUCGACCAAUUCAUGAAAAGGGUGGGUGAGUUGUAUGAAGUGGUUGUCUUUACCGCUUCUGUGUCGAAGUACGGUGAUCCUCUGCUGGAUCAGCUAGAUAUUCACAACGUUGUCCACCACCGACUGUUCAGGGAUAGUUGCUAUAACCAUCAAGGCAACUAUGUCAAGGUUUUAGGCCGCGACCUACGAGAUACGAUUAUCAUCGAUAAUUCCCCAACUUCGUAUAUCUUCCACCCUCAACAUGCGAUACCCAUCAGCAGCUGGUUCUCUGACGCCCACGAUAACGAGCUUCUCGAUCUGAUUCCCGUCCUCGAAGACCUUGCCGGGGCACAAGUGAAAGACUCUUGUUUCCUAGUGUUUAAAGUUUUCUUUCCUGUUGCAUACCGCAGGCGACCACCCUACACACACACACACACACACACACACACACACACCCCAUCGCUCAACAUGAAGGACAAAAACGGCUGGGACGGAAAGCUACGGGUCGAACCGAAAGCCACGAUCACGAACCCGGAAGCACUAGAAGACCCCGAUUACUCGGACUCGGAUGCGCCGCCCGUGGAGGAGAUCGAGGCCGAUGAAGAUCUAUUGGAGGACGAGGACCCGGAAGCAGAGAGAUUAUGUUUCCGACAGAAUCAAAUCUCACGAAUCGAAUUCCCCACGGAAGUUGCCAAGUCGUUGACGGAACUCGAUCUCUACGAUAAUCUGAUAUCGCAUGUGAAGGGGCUUGAUGAGUUCGAGCAUUUGACCAGCUUGGAUCUUAGCUUCAAUAAGAUUAAGCAUGUAAAGAAUAUUUCGCAUUUGGUCAAGUUGACGGAUCUGUAUUUUGUGCAGAAUAAGAUCUCGAAGAUAGAGGGGGUGGAGACGUUUACGUCGUUGAGGAAUCUGGAGCUGGGGGCGAAUAGGAUUCGGGAGAUUGAGAAUCUGGAUAAUCUGAAGGCGUUGGAGGAGCUGUGGCUGGGGAAGAAUAAGAUCACGGAAUUGAAGAACCUCGAUGGUCUCUCCAACCUGCGCAUCCUCUCUAUCCAGUCGAACCGUCUCACGAGUAUCAGUGGGCUCUCGAACCUGAAGAACCUGGAGGAACUCUAUGUGUCCCAUAAUGCGAUCACCGACCUUAGCGGUCUCGAGGAGAACACCUCGUUGCGCGUGCUGGACUUUUCCAACAACCAGGUGUCCAAGCUGGAAAAUGUGUCUCAUCUGAAGAAUCUGGAGGAGCUGUGGGCGUCCAACAACCAACUGUCGAGCUUCGAUGAAGUGGAGCGCGAACUCCGGGACAAGGAGAAACUCCAAACGGUGUACUUUGAGGGCAACCCGCUACAGACGAGAGCGCCAGCAUUGUAUCGGAACAAGGUGCGGUUGGCGAUACCGCAUAUCAUGCAGGUUGACGCGAGUAAGUCUCUUUUCUUUAUCUGUCGAUGCUUAAGAGAUACUAACGAAACGUAG